UGAACGCAUAAGAAUCGUAACUGCGCGUUUGUUCAGUCUAUCUGCCUGCUGUGACAUAGCGUUUCAUAAAGCCGGUAACUAUCUACUUAUUAUAUACAAUAUAUAUAUACAAACAUAAUGCAUUUAGAUUAAUCACUUUUAAAGAGAAGGAGAUAAGGAGAGAGAGAGGAGGGAGGGUCUGAAUUUGACAUCAGGCAGCAUCAUCGGGCGGUGAGGAGCGGUCACUCCAGCGUCCGUUCUGCAUUGGGCUUUCACACCCUAACGCAAUUUUCAUUAUUCGAAAAUGAGGAGUUAGACUGAGCAAAGAUGUCCAACUCGGUGGCUUCCUAUGACCAGCUGGUGCUCCAGGUGGAGGCUCUCAGGAAGGAGAACACACAUCUUCGCCGGGAGCUGGAGGACAACUCCAACCACCUAUCCAAGCUUGAGAAUGAGACUUCCGACAUGAAGGAGGUACUGAAGCAGCUGCAGAAUAAGCUGGAGCAGGAGGCUUGCACACUGACUUCAUCAGGGAGAACUGAUGUCCUGGAACAGCUAAAAGAGCUGCACAUGGAUUUGACCAACUACUAUGAGCUGAAGUACCAGCCACACAACCUGCGAGUGCUUCCCGAUAGCCUGGCUCCGCCGGCCCCCCAGAUGGACGACAAACUCCCCCAUCAUCCUUCCGGCAUGUUGAGAGCCAGUAGCCCCCCUUACAUAGCCACCCGCCAAGGUCCCGUCAUCUCGGGUGAAGGAACGGCCCCCCACCCUGGACCUCCGCACCUCCUCGAGCCGAGAGUGGGCCUACCCGGAGACGGCCGGGUCACCACUCAGCACCUGGAGGACCUCUGCAAGGAGAGGGAUAUGCUCCUGAACGAGAUCGAGAAGGAAGAACGUGAGCGCCGCUGGUACUACUCCCAGCUGCAGGGACUGUCACAGAGGCUGGCUGAGCUUCCGCGCAUCGACACUUUCUCAAUGCAAAUGGACCUGAUUCGUCAGCAGCUGGAGUUUGAAGCGCAGCAGCUGCGCUCCGUCAUGGAGGAGCGUUUUGGGACAUGCGAUGAAAUGGUGCAGAGAACCCAGAUCCGAGUGGCACGCCUGGAACAGCUGGAAAGGGAGCUGCAGGAGGUGAAGGAGGCCCAGGGCUCCCAGGAGAAAAGCCUCCCGGUGGAGAACCAGGCUACUGCCGGGGAGAAGACAGCUGUCCCGGGUGAAUCUGAAAAUAUAUCAAACACCUCUGGUUUGGACGUCCCUGGAGAAACAGGAAGCAAAGUGGAGAUGGUGUUCUGGCUGCUCUCUAUGCUAGCUACCAGGGACAGGGAGGAGAUGUCUCGGACAUUGCUGGCCAUGUCCAGCUCUCAGGACAGCUGCAUGGCCAUGCGCAAGUCAGGUUGCGUCCCCUUACUGGUGCAGAUCCUGCACGACGGGCUAGGGUGCACCGGGGAGGUGCCAGGCAGCGGGGGGUGCAGCCGGGAGGCCCGGUCCCGUGCGAGUGCCGCCCUGCACAACAUCGUGUACUCGCAGCCGGACGAGGGACAGGCACGCCGCGAGAUGAGGGUGCUGCACGUGCUUGAGCAGAUCCGCUCAUACUGCGAGAGCGGCUGGGAUUGGAUCGAGACCCAUGUCACGACUCCAUCCCCUGGAGGCACCAAGAAUGGAGAAAUCCCAGAAGCAGUGGAGCCCCAGAUCUGCCAAGCCAUGUGUGCCAUCAUGAAGCUGUCCUUUGAGGAAGAGUACCGGCGGGCCAUGAAUGAACUCGGGGGCCUGCAGGCUGUAGCUGAGCUGCUGCAACUGGACCAGGAGCUGUACGGCACGCAGAACGACCCACUGAACCUGGCGCUUCGGCGCUACGCCGGUAUGGCGCUAACCAACCUCACCUUUGGAGAUGUGGUUAACAAGGCCACGCUUUGCACAAAGAAAAGCUGUCUGCAGGCAAUUGUAGCACAGCUCGCAUCUGACAGUGAAGAGCUGCAUCAGGUAGUAGCCAGCAUUCUGAGGAACCUUUCCUGGAGAGCUGAUAUCAACAGCAAGAGGGCGCUAAGGGACGUGGGCAGCGUCUCCGCGCUCAUUCAGUGUGCACUUCAGGCAACAAAGGAGUCCACUCUUAAGAGUGUUCUGAGCGCCUUGUGGAACUUGUCAGCACACAGCAGUGAGAACAAAGUGGCCAUCUGCUCUGUGUCUGGGGCCCUUGGCUUCCUGGUAAGCACACUCACCUACAGGUGCCAGACCAACUCGCUGGCCAUCAUCGAGAGCGGUGGCGGCAUCUUGCGGAACAUUUCAAGUUUGGUUGCCACACGUGAGGAUUACAGGCAAAUCCUCAGGGACCACAACUGCUUACAGACGCUCCUGCAGCACUUGCGUUCCCACAGCCUGACCAUCGUCAGCAAUGCCUGUGGAACCCUAUGGAACCUUUCAGCACGCAGCCCCAAAGACCAGGAGCUGCUCUGGGACUUGGGAGCCGUUAGCAUGCUGCGUAACCUCAUCCACUCCAAGCACAAGAUGAUAGCCAUGGGCAGCGCUGCAGCACUCCGCAACCUCCUAACCAACCGGCCCCUUAAAUACAAGGACGCCGCUGUUGUGUCUCCAGGGUCCUGCAUGCCCUCUCUCUACAUGAGGAAGCAGAAGGCCUUGGAGGCUGAGCUGGAUGCUAAACAUCUGGCAGAGACCUUUGAUUCGAUUGAAAAGCAAACUGCUAAGCAUGCAUGCAUCAAUAAGCCUCUAAGACACAUCGAAAGUCUGGCAAAAGAUUAUGCCUCUGAUUCAGGCUGCUUUGAUGAUGACGAGGCCCCGAAUGUCUCCAGUAGCUUGGACACAGGUAAUUACUCAAUGCUCCCCAUGUUUCUAAACAAUACAAACUUCCUUCAGGGUCAGACUCGGAAGAAAGACUGUGACCCUCAGCAUGACAUGGUGCCAGAGACGGACAAUAACAAGAGGGUCUUGUCUCAUGAAAAUGAGGGGUCUGCUGCGGCAGAGACCUUGGCCAGAAAGAUCACCAGCACAGUGGCGAAGAUUGACAAGCUGGUGGAUGACAUCACCAUGCACACGUCCUCCGAGGACAGCUUCAGUCUGAGUUCGGAAGACCAUUUUGUAGACUGGCAGUAUGGAUCAGAUGAGGUUAAUGAAGCUCGGGCUAAGUCUUGCUCACCCUGCCGCCUCUCUGACACCAGCAGUUUUACACACAGAGAACGUCUAAGCAGAGCCCAUGCUCUUAUACGCCUUAAAACUGCUUACACGAGCUUAUCUACGGACAGCCUUAACAGCGGCAGCACCAGCGAUAGUUGUGGCGGCAAGGAUCAGAUACGACCCUCCGUAAGAUCAGCAAUGGUUCAGAGGCGCCCUAAUAAACUGGAACUUAAGACUGCCCAUCAAGGCUAUCUCAACAACAAGAGUCACCUUGUGAAUAAUGAAGAAAGUCACAAAGAGGUACCAGAAAGAGAUACAGGAAACAGCAGAGAGAAUCGGGUUCAAGAAUUAAGUAGCACAGAUACAGAGAAAGAUCAGGAGCCGCCCCCUCCAACACCAGCUACCACAAAACUCACAUCUGCACCUAACGUAUCCACCAUCAAACUGUCUCCAUCCUACCAGCACGUUCCGUUAAUACAGAGUGUUGCCAAGUUCGGCGUUGCCAAAUCCGGCAUCAGUGUUCAGGCAGCCCAGGCGAUGAGAAGGCAGGCCUGGGUCCCGGCAGCCAUGACAGGUGGCAGUAUUACCAAGUUUUCUCCCAUGAAUACACCACGGAGUCCAACUGUAGGCCAGAUGGAAACUCUGCAGAGGUAUUCAGUAGAAAACACACCAAUCUGCUUCUCACGAUGUAGUUCUUUGUCCUCUUUGUCUUCUGGUGAUGGUGCUCUAGAUGGUCAGAGUCAAAGCGAAAAUGAACUGGACAGUGACUCAUCUCUUGAAAUUAUUGAAGUAGAGGAUUCUAACCUGGAAAGAGGAGAGGACGAGGAUGAACUGUUGGAGGAUCUCAGUGAUAGCCAGCUCUUGAUCACAGAUCCAAAAACAUUUGGAAGCAGCAGUAGUCCCACCUCUGAGCCCAUUGACAUUCCCAGCUCCACUAAACAGGAUAAGUUGUUCCCCAGAGGAGUUUCACCUGGCAUGCAUGAAGACAGGACCCCAUCCACCUCUUCAGAGAACUACAUCCAUGAGACUCCACUUGUUAUGAGCCGCUGUAGCUCUGUAAGCUCCCUUGGCAGCUUCGAGUCACCCUCCAUAGCUAGCUCCAUACAGAGUGACCCCUGCAGUGAGAUGAUCAGUGGAACCAUUAGUCCAAGCGACCUCCCUGACAGCCCAGGACAGACUAUGCCUCCAAGCCGUAGUAAGACACCCUGCUGCACUGACUCUAAUUUGCAGGAAACACAGAUUGGAGGUGGAGGUGGACAGUGGGAAAGCAACAUGUGUAAGCUUGUGGAAAUCGCUGAUUUCAAGGAGCGGUUUAACCUGCCUCCCGACUUGGACACCAUGAUUUACUUUACAGUGGAAAAACCAACGGAGAAUUUUUCUUGUGCCUCUAGUUUGAGCGCCUUGCCCCUUCACGAGCAUUACAUUCAGAAGGACGUUGAACUCAAGCUUAUGCCUUUACUCCAUCAGAAGGAUAAUAAUCCCACGUUCACUGUGACACAUGCAGAGCGAGAUGAGUUGGGAGAAAAGCACUCGUCAUUUGUGGAUCAAACAGAGAGAUACAGUGAAGGUAACUCAGAUGAUGACAUUGAAAUUCUUAAGGAGUGCAUCAACUCAGCAAUGCCAUCUAAAUUUAAAGUCAGAACCUCACUCAUGUCUACACUUUCUACACAAGUUCUUAAUUCUCAAGCUCGAAAGUCAGUGCAGUUCCCUGUUUAUAUGGUACUACCCAAUCAUAACAAUCAAAAGUGUACACCAGCAAAGAUGGGAAUGCCACAAAAGGAUGUAUAUCAUGAUGAUUCCUCCUUUACUGACUCAGCAGAAGGAACCCCAGUAAACUUCUCAAGCACUACAUCCUUAAGUGACGAAACACUCCAGUACCCAGUGAAAGACAAAAGCUCCAAAGACUGGCGGCCUAGAACCAUGGAUAAACAGGAAGUCAUAGACUUGGAAGCAAAGAGAAUUGAAGAACUCAGAGCGUUUUCACGCUUCCAGAAGCCCACUAAAAUAACUCAGUCACAAGGUGUACCUGGAAAUCAGAUGAACAGAGCCUUUAAACAAGGUAUACCAACACAAAAAAUGCAGAUGAAUAAUAGAGAGAUGGAUGCUAAAAUGUCUCAACAAAGAAGUAGAGAUUCAUCCCCCCAAUACCUAAGUUAUAAGCAGGAACAGAAUAAGUCAUGGAAUAUGGCACAUUUAGAAUCAACCAAAAUGAAACAAAACAUAGGUGGUGGCCAGAAUCAGAACAUGCUGUACAAAGAUCUCACCCAUGGUAUGGCAGCACGCCAGUCAAUGAGUCACCCCACCCCUGCAGGAGAAGCCAUCUACAGCUUCUGUGAUAAUUUGAACACAAAACAGAAGGACAAGAACAGUAUCGGGAGGAAGCAAAUGAAAGAGUGCAACAGGAAUCUGACCCACGGUGGAUCUGUUGCUGAUCGAAUGAAGCACAAAGGUGUUAGGAUUAAGCACAACUUAAUUGCUGAUGAGACUCCGCCAUGUUAUUCUCUCAGUUCAUCGCUUAGCUCGUUAAGCGAUGUAGACCUCGAGGAGUACAAUGGAAAAAUGCAGCAGGUGUGGGUCAAAAGCCGGCAUCACAUCACCUCCAACCUGGCUUGUGACACAUCAAAGAAUAACUGUAGUCAGUAUGAGGAGAACGGCUCAACCAGUUCAGGGAGUCUGAAUUCUGAGGAUGACCUUCUGCAAAAAUGCAUCACCUCUGCUAUGCCUAAGCAAAGGAGAAAACAGUCUGCAAGGAAAAAGAAAAGUGAAAGGAAGCAAAAACUUAAAUCAAGGGAUGGAUGGGCCUCAGAAAAGGACUUGGACAGUGAUGAGAGAGCCUCUGAUAAAGACUCAGAUCUCAAUAGUGUUGAGUGGAGGGCAAUACAAGAAGGAGCGAACUCGGUUGUUACAAGACUGCAAGCAGCCUCAAAGUCACAAGAGCCUUUAUCCGAAUCUGAAUCCGUGCUUUCAUUCAUGUCUGGUGUUUCAACGGGGUCCAGUCUUCAAACUAAAGCAGGAAAGAAUGAAAAAAGGAAGACCACUAAAGAUCAUGACAACAAAGGGCGAAAAAUAUCGGAGGGUAGAAACACAAGGACACAGCUUGAUUUUGCUGUACGCAAGCCAGUUCCAAAUUUGCCUGUGGUAUUUAGAGGCAGAACAGUGAUCUACAUGCCCAAGAAAGAGACAACCCUCUCACAAAGACCACCAACAAAGAAAACAUCGUCAAAGGCUGAAACACAAGUGAAAAAUCCAAACCUGGCUCAGCAGAGGUCGAGGAGCCUGCACAGACUAGGGAGACCAAAUGACUCAAAUGAACUGCUUCUGCCAAGAAGAAGCUCAACUCCACCAGCCAGGAUACCAAAGAGUACAUCAUCAGGAUCAUCUCAAAGCUCUACACCAUCAAGGCAGCCUCAGAAAAAACUUGUAUCCCCCACACAAACUAACAAACCUGCUUUAAAGAAAGACGUAAAGCCAGCAAAUAUGCAGCCAGACAUAAGAGGGAACUGUAAUACACCUACAAGUCAAAAGCCAAUAAACACAAAGUUGCCAGUUCAGAAAAAAACUCAGAAGUCACCAGUAAGAAUUCCCUUCAUGCAGAAUCCAUCAAGGCAGCCCAUGGCUUCAAGAACUAUAUCACCUUUGGUCACUAACCAGUCCUCUGCUUUCAACAGACAAAACUCCCAAGUGCCAGUCAAAAGAACCCUACCAGCCAGUCGCCUAGAGUUAGUACGCAUGACUUCAAUCCAUUCAAAUAGCGGGGAAUCUGACAGAAAUGGCUUUCUGAGACAGCUGACUUUCAUCAAAGAAUCAUCCAAUGUGUUGAGACAUGAGGUUCCGUCUUCACGCUCUGUGCCUACUUCCCAGUGUGCAUCACCAAGAAGAGCACGACCUGGUGCACCAGCAGUGUUCUUGUGUUCCUCACGUUGCCAAGAGCUAAAGCCUUCCUCACUUAACCAGAGACAAAUGCAAGGGAGGCCAGACAGAUCCACCCAAGGAGAAGGGCAGACUAUAAAUCUCUCCAGGGCAAGCUCCAGUGAGCGAGACCUCUCUGUAAAACGUCCUGCCAGAAGAACCAGCUCCGAGAGCCCCUGUAGGGUACCUCAGAGGACUACCUCAGGGACUUGGAAUAGGAAUCAAGAAAGCUUCAAGAGGCACUCUUCAUCACCAAGCAUAAAUAUUCUUAACCGGGUCACCAGUCAGUCCUCUGUUCGUUCUUCAUCUUCUGAUUCAAGCGGGAGAGCAAAGAGUGAACAUAAUGUAAACCAUCAGCAGCCAGGAACACGUGCCAAUGGCAGAGUCACCUGGAGGAGGAUUCGGGAUGAGGACGUGCCUCACAUAUUGAGGAGCACUCUGCCAUCCUCCGCACUUCCCCUGAUACCCUCUCCAGAUGGACAUAAGAAAACAGCAUCAAUAGUGCCAGGAAAACUGCCCACCAUUUCAUCGCCAUCACGCAAAACAAGCGACGCCAUAGUUCAGACUGAAGAUUUCCCAACCAAAAAGACCAGUACCUCGUCAACCCCAGAGAAGGUACCGGUAAUCCCAGAGGAAGCCGAAAAGUUGGUUCCGAUUAAAAAGUUAAGUAAGGCCUCCGAGGCCAAUAUCCACUUGCAAGAUGAGGGUUCAGAUGGCACUGCAGCGAGGAUUAUGAAGAGCCAGUGCACCACCUCCACCUCUCUGUCAACUGCUGGGCACAGCGGGGGUGUGGCCCCCUUCCGUCACAGCUCCCCAAGCAAGGCUGCAAGAGUAACCCCUUUCAACUACGUACCCAGCCCUAUGACCAGCAGUCUGCAAGACACACCAGGGCAAGCCCCAGUGCUUAAUGAGAAGCCAGGAGAUAAACUUGAGGCUCAGUAGAAAAUGAUUCUAUAAAUUGACAUCUGUAGAUUCUUUCUGUGCUCCUAAGAUUUAAGCACUCAGGUGUUCUUGUAUGAGCAAAGGAUUUAAAUUAUUUUACCUCUGGAAUGUAAUCUUUCCGAAUUCCCAUUGCAUCAGGAGUACUUUAUUAUGUAAAAAACCUUUAGUCGCCAGAAACAACUAAUAUAGACUAAUAACCUAAUUCUUUCACAUUGUAUUUAUGCAUUGAAUUACAAAAUCAAGGGCGAACUUCUUGAGAAAUCAAAUGAAAUAUCCUUUGAAUUAGUUGCAGGCCCUUUUUUUUACUUUUUGUAUUUGUAUAUAAACAAUUGCCUGCUGCCUGUUCAGCUUAUAUUCAGCUUGUUGUCAUCACUGGUGGGAGAAAGCUGAACAAAUCAAUAGCCACCAAUAUGCAAGCCAUUGAGUCAGAGCGCAACAGAUCUGUCUACAGUAUGAGUAAAAAUGACUAAUAUUGAGUGUGUGAAAAACAGAGACUGUUAAACUAUGAGAAAAGGCCCAAAUUAUCCAUUAGGGUCAGAUGUCAUUGGUACUCAUGAUCUUGUGACAAAUCACUCUGCUUUUCAGUAGACAAACUAAGACACUGUAUUGACAAGCCUCACUUUUAAACCAGCCACAGAAAUUACAUCCAUAAACAAUUAAUCACCAGAUAGCUGUAGAAUUGGACUUCAGUGUGAUCCUUGACUUUAUGAGUAUUUAUCCUGUUAACCUCAACAAAGUGCUCUACAAAUAUUAGUAAAACUAUUUCACUUUCAGUUUUUUGACUGCAUGCUAAACUUCCACUAUUUUUUGUCCCCUUCAGUUUUAUUGAUCCGGAAUAAAUUUUCUCAUUCUUGUAAAUCUUGAAAAUGGAGAAAAAAGUAGAAUUGUAUCUCUGUUAUCUGUCAAAUCAAAGAACACAUUAUUUGACCCUAUAUAUACAAUAGGCGUAAGGAUUCUAUUUAAACCAAGUGGAUGGCUGUAAAUACUUCUGCUUGUUGUACAGUAUGUUCACUAUUAUUGUGUUGUUGAAUUGGAAUAUGAAAGUGAAAGACUCUGACUACCGUGAGACUGCAGGAACAGUGGGUGCAAAUGGCAGAAUCUAGUGAAUCUGUUAUUUGUUCGGACUGCUUUGUAUUAAUUUGGGAAAGCUUUUGAUGCAAAUGGUUGACAUGUUUUUCAGAAAAUGUGUGUAUAGGAUGGGUGAAUUUGAGAUUUGCGGCAGUGUUCUAAGGCUCCCAUUGUUUUGCUAUUGUACCCCACAAGACUACACAGCGCUCUUUCUUUCCCAUAAGUGUUUUUGUAUUAAAAUCUGCAUUCUGUUAAUAACUGUAUUUUACAAAGGAAACUCAACAGGCUAUGCAGAGAUGACUAUACGUACUGUUCCUGUCCUAUACAGCGUCAAUCGAAUUUAUAACUAAACAUGGGGAAAGAUAUAGAAGUAGAAAAUACCGACUUGGAAGCAAUGAGGAAGAUGGAGUAAAAUAAUUUGUUGCCAGAUGUUUAAAAUGAUUUGAAAUUACAUCAGUUUCCUUGUUGUAUUACCAUACUCAUACCAAGAUGAAAAUAGGAAUAGUGGAAAGAUUGUUCGCAACAGCUAAUGUAUUCUGUACGGAAGUUGUAUCCACAAUAAAAGUUUUAAUUAAACAA